ACAACUGCCAGCGAUUGUUUCUCAAUACCUACAGAAGUAUCACCUAUACCAAAUCAGUCCCGACAAUUAUCUUCACCCAUUCAUCCAAAUCACCUCCAAAACUACCAUCAUGUCUUCAUCUCAGAAUCAGCAACAUCAAUCAUCUUCUGGCGGUAGGCCCACUGGUGCAACGGGUGGUGGUUAUUACAGACACCCUUGCCGGAACUGGCAACAGGAAGGCCACCCUAAGAACUACAACUUCAUUGAUCAAAAUGACCAGCUAUGUGCCCACUGCUUGUGCGCACCCCGCCAACGUUGA